AUGUCAAAGAGACCAGCCGAAUCUUCUUCCGAAGAUGAAGAAGAAGAUUACUCAUCAGAGGAGGAGAAUGUACAAGAAUCGUCAUCAAUUAAAACUAAACCAAUUCAAGUAAAUCCACUCCAUGCCGAUAAGAUUGUUCGACAAAUAUUGAUUAAACCCAAAUGGCAUGCCAAGAUUGACAAUAAGAGAAUUAUUAAAAAGUGGAGAGACGAAUGUACCAAACAAGGUAUAUCAAACUCUAGUUUUGAUGUUGGAAUUGAUAUCUUACGUGAUAUCAAAGCAAUUUCCCACUCUGUUCACUAUUGUUGUGGAUAUUGUGGUGCUCAACCAAAGAAGAAACUAUUCUCUGAUCCCGAUAGUGAUGCAGAAGAAUUGAAUGAAGAUGAAGAACUUUUCGAUGGAACUCUUGAAGAUAAGAAACCGAGUAAAAAGAAGAAAAAAGUAAUGAGGAUUUCAUAUUCGGACGAUGAGGAGUAUAAUGAUGAUGAUGGUGAAAGAAGAUCAUAUAGGAGGUCAACCAAGUUUUGUCUUUGUCCAUGUGCUCAUUGUGCAUUUAAGGAACAGAAAGUUGGACCAGAUGUAUGUGUUGAGAAGGAAGAUUGGAUUCCAGAAGAGUUGACUGAAAGAUUGAAGAAACAUUUGAAUUCUUUGGUGGAGAGUACACCUAAGGAGGAAUGGGAUUGGCAUCCUGGUUCAAAUCAACAAGUUCUCGAUAUUAUCCAUCCUUCAUUGUAUUGCUAUUCGAAAGAGCAUAGUAUUUUGAAAGGGGAUACGAAAAAAAAGUUGGUAAAGAAUAUGAAACAGAUUAACACUCAAUGGCUACCAACAGAUUUUGAAGUUGACAAACAAGGAAAUGUCAAACCACUUUCCUAUAUCAAUAACAUUAAUCCAACAUCACAGAAAGAAUUACAAGAUACUAUUUGUGAGGUCUUGUCACAUUUAACUCAACCAGUCAAGAAAUUUGUCAAGUUCAAAAAGAAGGUUCAAGUAAUUGUCAAGGCAGCAAAUGUAAUUGUCACUCCAGAACAAGGUUUCUAUCCAGGUGGUACUUGGCACUCAGAAGGGGAUACUGAGAAUAUUGUAGCUACUGCCAUCUUUUAUUAUGAAUGUCAAAAUGUGAAGGAAAGUGUUUUGGAAUUUAGAUCUUCAUUGGAUGAGGAAAGUUUUUUUGGUAUUGAGCAAGAUAAUGUAAAACAAGCUUGGGACAGAUGUAAUAUUCAUGAUCGUGAUAAAUUAUUCACAAUUUUGGGAAAUGUCAAAACCACAGAAGGAAAAUGCAUCUUCUUCCCAAAUACCCAUCAACACAGAGUUAGACAUUUCUUCCCAAAGGAUCCAACUGAGGUUGCCACCAGAAAAAUUCUUGUCUUUUUCUUUGUUGAUCCAGAAAAGCCAAUUGUUUCAACUUCAAACAUUGAUAAUCAGAGGAGAGAUGCUGCCAUUUCGAAUGCAUUCCCUCUCGUUAAAAAGUUACCUUAUCCAAUUCUUAUUAAGGAGAUUAUUCCAUUCCUUCCUUUGAUGAGUAAGGCACAAGCCGAAGAGGUUCGUGAGCAAUUGAUGGAGAGUAGAAAGUACAAAAGGGAUGAACAAAAUGAAUUAUACGAAAGAGAAUUCUCAUUAUGUGAACAUUAA